AUGAGUAAAUAUUUUUUGUGUAAAUUAAAAAAUCGAGCCCUUAUUCAACUGUGGGGUAAGGACUCCUUUAAAUUUCUGCAGAGCCUUACAACAAAUGACUUGAAUAAAAUAAUACCUGAGAGUGAUUUUAUAUUACAAAAAAAUUUACCUGAAAAUUUAUUAUGUAAUAAUUAUGAUUCCUAUAUUUAUGAAAUGGAUAAUAAGACGACAAAAUAUGAGAAAAAUGCUAUAGGAUUGCCUUCUUUAUUUUUAUUAAAUAAUGGAAAAAUAUUAUAUGAUUGUUUUAUAUAUAAUAUAAAAUAUAAUUAUGAAAAGAAUUUAUUUUUUAGUUUAUUUUAUAUAGAUUGUAAUGUUCAUAUAUUAAAUUUGUUACUAGACUUAUUAGAUAAACGAAGAUUAUCUUGUGAUGUGUAUUUUAAAAAUAUUAAAAAUAUUAAUAUUUACCAGUUAUUAUCAUAUACAUCUUUAUUGAAUUUACAUAAAAAAGUCAAGUGUAAUAAUGCCUUUGAAAAUGAUAUGAGUAAUACAUUAAACAAUUCAUUAAGAAUAUAUAAUGGUAACGAUAAUACAUCUCUCUUUUUUUUUUCGAAAGAUCAAAGAAGUGAAUUAUUAGGUUAUAGAAUAUAUGAAUUUAAUUAUAAUAUGGAUAAAAUACCACAUGAUUAUCCUAAUAGUGUGAGUUUCAUAAAAAGUGAAAAAGUAGAAAAUAAAAAAACUUAUAAUGAUAACAUAAUAAUAUCUAACCAUUUUGAUAAUCCAUUUAAUAAUAUUUUAAGCAUUUUUGAAAAGGAAGAAAAAAUAAAACUUACAAAUUCUUUUAUUUAUGAUUAUUUAAAAUUAAAUUUAGGUAUUAUUGAAAAUUUAUACACAAAAGAUAUUUAUUUUAGUGAUACAAAUGCGGAUAUAUAUGAUGCAGCCACUUAUACAAAUGAUAAUAAUAAUAAUAAUACAGAUAUAACAAUAAAUAAUGAUAUAAAUAAAAAUGUGAACAAUAUAAAAAACGAAAGAGAUAUAUUCAAAUUUAAAAAUUUAACACCAUUCGACUUAAAUUAUGAUAACUUAAAUUAUUUGACAAAAGAGAAAGGAUGUUAUGUUGGACAAGAAGCUAUUAAUAGAACGAGAAAUGAAAUAUUUAUAAGUAAAUAUUCAUUAACAUUAUGUAUGAAUUAUGAUUAUUAUGACAUGUUUCAUAAUAAUUUUGAUAAUGAUCCUACUAAGAUAUAUAAUAAUAUUUUAUAUACCAAAUAUUUAAAAGAUAUUAAAGAUAACCAUAUGUUAAAAAGUUCUUUUUUUUUACUAAAAAAUUUAUUGAGUUCUAAACAAAAUGAAUCAGUUACAUAUGAACAUCAAUUUGAUGUUAUAUAUAAUAAUGAUAUAAAAUCAGAUAAUACAUUAAAAAAUUUAAAAAUUGGUCAUGUUUUUUUCUAUAACCAUAUAAUAGGUAUAUGUUUUUUAAUAAAAAAAAAAAUAACAAAUAUGAAACAUAAUAUAUUUUCAACAAGUUCGAAAAUACAUAUAACAAACAACAAUUAUGAUGAGGCUACUCAUCGAAUAGUUUUGCUCCCCUUGGAUAAAAUUUAA